AUGCAUGAUGUUAACUUGCUUUUUCUUUUGGAAACUCACUCAAGUGGGGACAAAGCAAAGAGGACAGCAGACAAAAUGGGAUUGGAUAAUGCGAUUAUAAUUGAUGCUAAUGGACAAUCUGGAGGAAUAUGGUGCCUAUGGAACUCACAUGUUUAUUCUGUCACCAACCUUGUCUCUUCUACUCAAUUAUUACACCUUGCCAUUCAGAAAGGUAAUGAGACCAUGUGGAACAUUACUACUGUGUAUGCCAGCCCAAGUGCUGUUAUAAGGAGAGAGUUAUGGAACCAACUCCUAGCUAUUAAAGAUAUUAUUGUGGGACCUUGGUGUCUCCUAGGAGACUUUAAUACAACUCUUCAUGAUCAUGAAAGAGUAGGUAGCUCCACAGCUGCACCAAGGGGAUCUGAUGUGUUUAGAGACUUUGUGAGGGAUUGUGGGCUCAUUGAUGCUGGCUUUGUGGGGACCCUUUUUACUUGGAAGAGAGGCCGCCUUCAUGAGCGGUUAGAUAGAGUACUCUGCAACCUUGAUUGGAGGAUAAAGUACCCUUUUGCUACAGUUUUCCACCUUCAUCACCUUAAAUCUGAUUAUAAUCCUCUCCUGCUCAAAUUACAGAACCAACAAAGACAGGAUCCAGCUAGAAGACCCUUCCGUUUUCAAGCUGCCUGGCUCUCCCAUGAGCAGUGUGUGCCUUUCCUGAGGAAUGCUUGGACCUAUGGAGGGAAUUAG